AUGAGGACGAGUACGAGGUUAAAGAAGUGGAGCAGUCGCAGUGACGACGGCAAUAGGAGAAACUUUCACGAACGGACCAAGUUUCAGCUACAAAUGGAGCGAUCCGCGCUUGGACGUCCAAAGACGGCAGCGAAGGAUCUGGAGAAAUACCGAGAUGUCGUGCCUAGCGAUUUCUUCCAGCAAUUUGAAGGGGCCACUCUACAUUAUAAAGUGGCGGUGCCCCGAGAAGUGGAGGAACUCUUUAGCCUUGCAGACGCGUAUACGCCGGAAGAGGUUGAUAUUGAGACAAGACUGGAGCCAUUCCUCCCAGAAUUUACCCCAGCGGUGGGCAUGCCAUUUGAUGGAAUCCUGAUACCAAGACCAGACGGCAAAGAGGACAAGCUUGGGGUGGAGAUAUUGCGAGAGCCUUCAGGAGAGACAAAUGUAGCCGAGCUGGAACUGCUCAUGCAGGUGAGCACGAGCAAUCAGCACAAACUCCGUAGCAGGAAUGAAGUCGUGCGGAGUAUCGAGUGGGCAGCUCAACGCCCUCAAGAGGUUGACCAGUGGAUCGCAAGCGUCGAAAAGGUUCAAAGGACGAAGCCUCUGGCCGAGGUAAAUUACAAGCAGGCGAUGCCGCCGCUCUCCCAACUGAUGGAGCUAUGGCCCGAAGAAUUCGAGGACUUCCUAGCCGCUCGGGGCUCUACCCUGCCAGCGCUGUCCGAGUUGGAUGUGAAUUUGAAGGAACUGGUGAAGAUUGUCUGCGCUGUGCUGGAUAUACCCGUGUACGAAGGCAAUUGUGUGCAGUCUUUGCAUGUGCUAUUCUCCCUUUACCUUGAAAUCCAAGCCUAUGAACGAGACCAGCCAGGUUUACAACGAUAG